AUGCCAGCUCAGUCAGAGACCCCUAAGCCGGAAGGGGUUGAUAUCCAUCAGCUUUCGGACGUGAGCACGCGUUUCCAUUCUUUCAAAAACAAUCCUUAUAGACCGAAAGCACCCAAUCGUCGAUAUAAACCAGCCCGUCAAUUAAUUGGAGAUGAAGUCAAGUACCUUCAAACCAAAGAAAAUGUCAAAUUCGAUACUCCCACGUACACCUCAAUAAGUGCACCACCUAGUCUUAAACCUCAAAAACAUUAUUGUGAUAUCACUGGAUUACCAGGGAAAUACAAAAAUCCUUCGAACGGUCUUCGGUUUCACAACGUUGAAAUUUACCAAGAAGUUAUUAAAAAUAUGCAAUCUGGGGUCGAUCAAGAUUACUUGAGUUUGAGAAACGCUAAUGUUAUAUUAAAAUAG